AUGAUUAAAUCUAUCUAUCUAUCUAUCUAUCUAUCUAUCUACAAACCAUCAUGUAAAUGCAAUGUCAAUCAAACUCCUUGCGUCCUUGUGUUUUUUUUUUUUUGUCCUACUUGGGGUGGAAUGAUUAAAUCUAUCUAUCUAUCUAUCUAUCUAUCUAUCUAUCUAUCUAUCUACAAACCAUCAUGUAAAUGCAAUAAACUCCUUGCGUCCUUGUGUUUUUUUUUUUUUUGUCCUACUUGGGGUGGAAUGAUUAAAUCUAUCUAUCUAUCUAUCUAUCUAUCUAUCUACAAACCAUCAUGUAAAUGCAAUGUCAAUCGUUAUCUUCUAAACUCCUUGCGUCCUUGUGUUUUUUUUUUUUUUCCUACUUGGGUGGAAUGUUUAAAUCUAUCUAUCUAUCUAUCUAUCUAUCUAUCUAUCUAUCUAUCUAUCUAUCUACAAACCAUCAUAAACUCCUUGCGUCCUUGUGUUUUUUUUUUUUGUCCUACUUGGGGUGGAAUGAUUAAAUCUAUCUAUCUAUCUAUCUAUCUAUCUAUCUAUCUAUCUAUCUAUCUACAAACCAUCAUGUAA